ACUUUCAGAAGUGGUCUUUUGAACUCGCUGAUCGCAUGUAUCUUAUCAGUUGAUCAACAAAGUUAAUUCGGAUUAGACACUCCACAAUGAGGUUGCUUUUUUCACCUGCUCCCCUUGCAAAGCCGUGUGUUCGAUGAAGCAUUAUACUGCCUUGUCCCGCUGCGGUAUAAAGUUCACAAGCUGAGUGUCCAAACCUUCAUCAUGUCCGUCACAAUGACAACCGCUCUCGUCAGCUUUAUCCUCACGCAAAGCAUCCAUGCCGCACCUAUCUCUCAACAUCCCCCGCCCAACAGUACAGCUUUCUCCAUAAAUUACUCGGAUGCGUGUAACGAUCUGCGCCACUGUCGGACUAUGUGGAGCAUAGUAUACAGCUGCCUCCUUACGAUAUUCGCUUGUGUUUGGACAGCAAUUCAUCCAGAUUUGUUUAAGCAACAUUCACUUUGGGAGCCCCAACCGCUAUCAUCUCGUAAGAUUCAAAUGAUGAUGACGUUGGUUUUGCCGGAGGUGGUUGUUAUGGUUGCAUGGACUGAGUUUUCCACGGCGUGGAAAAUAUCAAAAAAGAUCCAUUCAUAUUUUGUUACUAUGGGUGGCUUCUUCGACUCUUUCACACAAGAGGUAGUGGAGCUGCAUGAAAGUCAAGAUCCUUCUACUUUCUUUGAGAAAUACCCCGGCAUAAUCGACAAGUCAGGAAAUGAUAGAAAGGUCGCAGUAACAAGGGAGCAGAUCCUCGACAGAAGUAAAGGCAACUUUUUUGCAAAAUCCAUUAUCGUCCUCCAGUUACUGUGGUUCACCAUUCACAUCCUUCUUUGUGCUUUGUGGUGGCAUAAACCACUGGACGUCCAUUUCCCCAUCCAUGUAACGGAAGAGACUCACCCCAAUCCCUUAAAUUCUGAUGCCAUCACUGAUCAAGUACUACCCGCAAAUCCGACUUCCUUUGCGGCGAAGAUCGUGGCAUUAAAUCCUGCAUGGAUACUUGGAAUCACUGGUGUCGUUUUUGGUGGGGUUCAUUGUCUUGCCUGGUCAUUUCCGUUUCCGACGCGUGCGGAGAAACUUUUGUGGCGCAUUUUUGCGAUAAUUAUCACUGUCAGCCCUGGCCCUUUUGCAUGGGCCAUGGGAAAGGGUAGAGGGAUACACAUGUCCUCCGGAAUUCUCUCCGCGUUUUUUUUUUGCUAUUGUUCGGGUUAUCCUGUUCACUCUCACAUUUACGUCUUUGCGAUCUCCACCCCCGGGCCUUUACCGAACUACAUCCUGGACGUCUUUCAUCCCCCACAUAGGAUAGUAUAACAUAAUCGUAGACACAUAGUAUUCUCGCUCUGCAUAACGAGAAACAGUAAGGCUCAGUACCCGAAUGCAUUUCUAUUUUCGUGGCAGCUUCCUGAACGCAUCUAGGGCAC